AUGGGACAGGCACAGUGGAUUGAGGAGAUCACCAUCCAGCAAGAACUUAUGAAACCAGGACAAGCGGAAGACAGCAGGGUGCUGUCAGAGCAGCUGAGCCAGCAAACGACGCUGCAGGAGCAGCACGCAGCCCAUGCACGGGGCCUGCAGGAGCUGCGCGCCUGGCUCAGCGCGGCCGAGGAUGCGCUGGCGGAGCGGCCCGCGGCGCCCGGCCAGGGCGGCCUGCCCGCCCUGCAGCAGAGACAGAGCAGCGUUAAGGAGCUGCAGAGGAGCAUGCACAGCCGGGCAGCUUCCUUUGCCGGUGUCCUGAAAAGCACCGAGCAGUUCUUGGAGGGGAACAAGGUGAAGAUGGAGCCCAGGGAGCUGGCAGCGCCGCGCGAGAAGCUGUGGCAGGCCAAGAAGCCAGUUUCUUCAGAUCCUGCUGUUCUGCAGAAGCAGCUCGCUAGUGCUAAUCAGCUGCAAGGAGACCUGGCUGAGCACCAGGUGCUCGUGGAGAAGCUCCAGAAAGCAGCUCGUUCACUGCUGGAGAUACAAGGAGAGCCGGCCCCUGACCAUGGACGCGUUCAGGAAACCACAGAUGCCAUCGUGAGCCGCUUCCAGAGCCUUUCCCAGCAGAUGGCAGAGCGCUCCGAUCUGCUGCAGAAAUCCAUCGCGCAGUCCCAAAGCGUCCAGGAGAGCCUGGAAAGUCUCCUGCAGUCUGUAGCCGAGAUUGAGAAGAGCCUGAAGGAAGAGCAGCCGAUUGCUCUCUCCUCUGCCUCCAUCCAGGACUCCCUCGCCACAAAUGCGAAGCUGAAGCAGGACAUUGCCAGGCAGAAGAGCUGCCUGGAAGCCACCCGCGAGAUGGUGACGCGCUUCAUGGAGACGGCGGACGGCGCCACGGCCUCUGCCCUGCAAGGGAAGCUGGCGCAGGUGACAGAGCACUUUGGCUGGCUGUGCCAGCAGCAGCAGGAGGAUGCGCUCAAGGGCCUCCUCCCCAAGGUCGAGCAGUUCGAGCAGCUCUCGGAGAAGCUCAAGCAGUUCACGGAGAGCCGAGCCCGGAUGCUGGCAACCGGGAACCAGCCGGACCAUGACAUCGCUCACUUCUCCCAGCACAUCCAG